GAACCAAAAUACAAACUUGAAUCGGAGAAGUUUAGUGUUUAGGAAUUGUUUUUCAGGAAAAUUUUCACAGAAAAAUGGAUUCCGAAGACGCAACACACACGAUUUUCGAUUCGGCGUCUUCCCUGCAAGAGGGCUGCCGGUUGCCGGUGAAAAUGAGCGGGACGAACGACUGGCCGUUGGCGGAAAUCAUCAGCAUUAGGGAGGGAUCGGAUAGGAACAACUAUUACUACGUACAUUAUGUAGAUUUUAACAAACGACUAGACGAAUGGGUAACGGAAGAGUUUUUGGAUAUGCGCAAGGUGCAGUUCCCCAGCAAGGACGGCCUAACGACAGGCCAGAAUACGGGUGUAACGACACCGAAGAAAUUACCUCCCGCCCUCACCUGCUCCCGACCCGUCAGUCCCGUGCAGACGCCCACGGAAAUCACGGUAAACGGUGGUGCCGUGCUGGAGGCGGCCCUGCAAAAGAAAAACAGUCGCAAACGGAAAGCCACAUCAACGGAAAACGAGGACAACUCGGAAGAUGUCCCGCCUACCCCGACACCGCGGCAAUCGGGCAGCAUGGUGGCACACCACGAUGACGUGGUGACGCGCAUGAAGAAUGUGCAGCUGAUCGAGCUCGGACGCCACCGAAUCAAGCCGUGGUACUUUGCGCCGUACCCUCAGGAAAUGUGCUCCCUGUCGUGCAUCUACAUUUGCGAGUUCUGCCUCAAGUACCGCAAGAGUCGCAAGUGUUUGGAGCGGCACACAAAAAAGUGCAACCUGCGCCACCCGCCGGGGAAUGAAAUCUACCGUAAAGCCACGAUCAGCUUCUUCGAGAUCGACGGACGGAAGAACAAAAGCUACGCCCAAAACCUUUGCCUGCUGGCGAAGCUGUUUCUCGAUCACAAAACGCUGUACUACGACACCGAUCCGUUCCUGUUCUACGUGAUGACCGAGUACGAUUCGCGCGGUUUCCACAUCGUGGGCUACUUCUCGAAGGAAAAGGAAAGCACGGAAGACUACAACGUGGCGUGCAUACUGACAAUUCCACCGUACCAGCGAAAGGGCUACGGAAAGCUACUGAUAGAAUUUAGUUACGAACUAUCCAAAUUCGAGGGAAAAACGGGUUCGCCGGAGAAACCAUUGUCCGACUUAGGGUUACUAUCGUACCGCAGCUAUUGGGCGCAAACGAUACUAGAAAUACUAAUCCUCCAGAAGCCAACGGGAGACAACGAAAAGCCACAAAUUACGAUAAACGAAAUUUGUGAACUAACGAGCAUAAAAAAGGAUGAUGUCAUCUCGACGCUACAGAUACUAAAUCUAAUCAACUACUACAAGGGCCAAUACAUCAUCUGCAUCAACAAGGAGACAAUAGAUCAGCACAGAAAGGCGAUGGACAAGCGCAAGAUUCGCAUCGACUCCAAGUGUCUCCACUGGACGCCGAAAGACUGGACGAAACGAUCGAAAUGGUAGAGCAGGGUGGAUGCAAGGCGGGGGUUUUGUGGGAAAUUGGAACGGAGCAGAAUCGAACGGCUGAGGUUGGUGCGUCGUGCGUCGUGUAGGAUGUAUUGAGCGGUGUUUAGCUAAAGAUCUCCUUUCUUUUGCAUGUGUGUUCGGGUGCGUUCGUGUUCCUAGGUCGAUAAGUUUAGGCGGUAAACAGAGGGAGGGGAGACGGAAAACAUUUGGGAACGCGGGAAGCUACGAAUCGAAGCGGGCUUCUCGUGGUUCUUCGCGCGGGCGGAAGAAAGCCAUAGAGCGGACGGCGGGAAGUGGGCUGGUAGGCACGCGAAAGGUUCGAGUAAGAGAGGAAGAAAAAACAAUGGUAUUGACAAUUCCAGUUUUUUUAGAUUUUUAUUUCAAUCUUUACCGCGUGCGAUGGGCGUAUUGUAGAGACACACCGGCGCGGCGUGUCAGCGGAAGCGGAGAGUAGGAAAAAUAAAAAAAAUACAAACUCAA